AUGGAUCGAAACGAAUUUUUGAAUCGAAGUCGGCUCGUGUCCGAGCAAUGCAUCGUGGAGUGGGGUCGCCUUCAAGCAGAAGGAAAGGCACAGCAGGAGGUAGAGACGCAGAAUGAUCUGCGCUGGGCAUACACCGUACAAGUCGAGAAGCUUGCAACGGAGCUUGUCCUGGCAAAAUACGACAGGGAGAAAACCCGCCAUCAGGAGGUCUUGGCAAACCUUACGGCACGAGCGCCACCCCCAACACCUCACGGGGUACAGGCUGCCGUCGACGCCGAGUACAUGCUCCACCGCGACCGCAUCGUUGCCAUGCUGAAAGGCCACAAGGAAUUGUUGGAGUGGACUCUGAGAGGCUCACGUCUCACCCGCAUGGACCAGAUUCUUCAUCUGCGCGAUAACGUUCCGACAAAUGAGCAAGACGACUAUACGAAGCAGUUCCUCAAGGGACGCGUGAAACUAGACAGCCAUGUCAUCAGGAAGUUGGCGGCUUUCUACAAGAUAUUCCAUGUGGGUGAUCCGCGCCAGAGGGAUCACCCAGGCCAUCUCGAUCAAGUCUCGGAGAGUAUCGUGCAGCCAAAAUCUUCCAGAUGGCCGGGUCUGGCGAUGCAGGUCGUGGAGGACGACAUGCGGAUAGGACGGGGUCUCGCUCGCCCAGCGUUUCGAGAUGCUCCAUCCUCCAGGGCCGCGUCUCGGCUACAAGAUGCGGACGAACGGAUAACUCCUAUGAGGAAUUCCUUGGCUGCAGCAGGUUUCGAGUUUGAGAAGUUUCUCGGGGUAGGAGGUCACGGCCUGGCAGCACUGUUCAGAUGCAUUGACAGAUUUGGCCAGACCCGUAGGGUCGUCGUGAAGAUGGACUUGUAUCCACCAUCGGCGACGUCUGAUUUUGGGCUGGCUGGUGAAAAGAAACUUUUGACAAAACUGACCGGCCGGAUGCACAUCCUCCAGAGAGUUAGUCUUGACCGUCUGAGGGCUAACAUGCUAUCCUCAGACCCUCGUACCCGAGCGCUUGAUGAGAGCGAUGAUAUUCUGGUUCUGGAGUUCAUGGGGAAGGGAGACGUGGACAAGCUCAUUUGCACGCUCGUCGAGCGCCGGUUGAAACUCAACUCACAGAUUCUAUGGCAAAUUUUCAAGUGCUUGUUCAAGGGCUGCGUCGCCAUGGCGUGGCCGGACAAGAAUGCACCGCAAUAUGACGGCGCCGUCGUGAGUGAGACCUCACAAGGCCUUGAAACCGACGCAGAGGAAUAUGCCGACUUCAGCGAGCCGUCUUCUCGUGCCGUGAUUCAUUUUGACAUUGACCCAUGUAAUGUCCUCAUUGGUAAUGUGGACAUCAACGGUGUUGAGCACGAUACGCUGCCAGUCUUCAAAAUUGGCGAUUUUGGAGUGGCAGAAGUUGUGAACAGAGAUGAUGAGCAAUUUUGUCAAGAAUGGGAUUACAUAUUCGAAGCUCCUUACUAUGAGCGCCAACACGACCCGACGAACAAGCUGUAUUCCACAGCCGGGCGAUAUAACAAGUAUCACAAUGUUUACCAAGCCGCUGUAGUUAUGUGGUGUCUCAUUACCCAAGUCCGCGUGCCACAGCCAAAACUGGAAACUUUCUACGAUGGAGACGGCACAGUGAUCUACACAUAUGGCAAGGAACUGAUGGGGCCUCAGUAUGACCAUGUCGACGUUGUCCUCCGGCAGGCUCUCUGCCAUUGCCUGGCCCACGACCCCGACAUGCGCCCGAAUUUCGAGGCGCUGGAAAGGCUCAUCAACAGCAAAACAGAUCCAAGGCAUUGGGACCGGAAGAUGAGAGACGAGACCGAGUUGCUGCGCACCGAGCUGUUCAGCAACCCCAGCCGGGCGACGGGCCCAGCGCCACAAGGCCCGUCUCAAGGUCCGGAUAAUCAACAACAACCGCCCUUGAACAAUCUCAGACAGAUGCACCACGACGCUCGGCAACCACCCGCACCACCGCCCGUAAUCCGCCCAAUCCCAUCGCAGAGGCCUGUCCCCGAUCCGCCGUCCGGGGGAAGGGCCCCGCUGCGGCGAGUGAGGGGGAGGAUCCCGAGCCGAGGAGCGGCGAGCGGCCCUAAAAGCACCAGACUGACGCCGCCGGUCAGGCGCGCCUACAACGCCGUUGGCCGCAUGUUUGUCGGCUCGGGCCAGCCCCGCCAGCAGUCCCAGGCGCAGUUCUACGGGCUGAACUACGACGGCCAGAACGUGCAGGCGUCGUCUCGCAGGAGGUCGACGGCGACAAGGGUCAAGGAGCACUUGGUGGGGCAGUGGGAUAAGCUGUGGGAUAAGUACAAGGAUCAUUACUAUCGCUGA